AAGUGAACAAGGACACAGCUAGAAAAGCGAAAGGGCUCGUGUGGUGAUUGGGCGGGUCACCGACAGCGCCGCCGUGCUCCCAGCGUUCGGCCCAGCGUACUUGAAUUGUUUUGAAUGUGCGAGGCACCGACAGAAGGGGAGCAGAACUUGAACUAAAGAUGGCGGACGUGGACGAUGAGAUACGGUCUGAACCCUCUUCUCUGCACCCCGCGGCGUCUCGGAACGGAACCGGUGUCGGUUCGGUGAGUGGUACCAGGAGCCAGAAUAUAACCAUAAUGACGACAGGCCCACGAAUGGUACGGAUUGUUAAAUCGGAAUCGGGCUAUGGUUUCAAUGUACGCGGCCAAGUAAGUGAAGGUGGACAACUGCGAAGUAUCAACGGGGAACUGUAUGCUCCACUGCAACAUGUCAGCGCCGUGCUACCUGGAGGUGCUGCAGACCGAGCUGGCAUAUUGAAGGGUGACAGAAUAUUGGAAGUUAAUGGCGUGAGUGUGGAGGGGGCGACCCAUAAGCAGGUGGUGGACCUGAUCCGGGCGGGCGAGCGGGAGCUGGUGCUGGCCGUGCUGUCGGUGCCGGCCCACGAGGUGGAGGGCCUGGAGCCCGGCGAGGAGGGCGGCAGCCCCCCCAGCUACGACUACAGCGACCGCCAGGCCGUGCCCAUCUCCAUACCCUCCUACAAGCACGUCGAGCAGCACGCCGAGAGGUUUGUGGUGUAUAACGUGUACAUGUCGGGGAGGCAGCUGUGCUCCAAGCGCUACCGCGAGUUCUCCACGCUGCACCAGAACCUGAGGCGGGAGUACAGCAACUUCAACUUCCCCAAGCUGCCCGGCAAAUGGCCCUUCUCCCUCUCCGAACAGCAGCUGGACGCACGCCGGAGAGGCCUGGAGGAGUACCUGGAGAGAGUGUGUUCGGUGCGGGUGAUUGGGGAGAGCGAUAUAAUGCAAGAGUUCCUGUCUGAAUCAGAUGAGAACUACAAUGGUGUGGCAGAUGUUGAGUUGCGAAUCGCGUUGCCAGAUAAGACAACAAUCUCCGUCCGCGUCCGCAAGAACAGCACAACUGACCAGGUCUACCAGGCGCUGGUGAUGAAGGUGGGCAUGGACAGCAUCAUGGCCAGCUACUUUGCCCUCUUUGAGGUCAUCAACCAUACUUUUGUGCGUAAGCUAGCUCCGAAUGAGUUUCCCCAUAAGCUGUAUGUGCAGAACUUGACGUCUGCGGUGCCGGGCACCUGCCUGGCCCUCCGCAAGUGGCUCUUCAGCACCCAGGAGGAGGAGCUGCUACAGGACAACCCCCUGGCCCUGCACUACUGCUUUAACCAGGCGCAGGACGAUGUGAAGAAGGGCUUCAUCAAGGCCGAGGAUAAAUCCUACCAGCUGCAGAAGCUCGCGGAGCAGCGCAAGAUGGCAAUGUAUCUGAGUGUGUUGCGUUCGUGUGAGGGCUACAAUGAGGUGGUGUUCCCUCACUGCUCGUGUGAUUCGCGGAGGAAGGGUCACGUGAUCGCCGCCAUCAGCAGCCAGCACUUCAAGCUCCACGCCUGCACAGAGGACGGCACUCUAGAGAACCAGGUGAUAGCGUUUGAGUGGGCAGAGAUGCAGCGCUGGGACACGGACGAGGAGGGCAUGGCCUUCUGCUUCGAGUACGCCCGGGGAGAGAAGAAGCCACGCUGGGUCAAGAUAUUCACCCCUCACUUUAACUACAUGCAAGAGUGCUUUGAGAGGAUCUUUUGUGAACUGAAAUGGAGGAAAGAGGUUGAGGAAGAGGCCUCUGACAAGGACAAUAAGAACUGCAGUAAUAAUGAGUAUCUGUCACCGCUGGAGCAGCCCCAACCGUGGCGACACGUAGGGGGAGAGAUCGCCACCUCCUAAAGGACACACGCACACAUACACACACACUCACACAACACCCCCAUCAGGCAUCCCACUCCUCCUCUAACACACUCCAGUCUCUCUCUCACACACACACACACACACACACACACACACACACACACACACACACACACACACACACACACACACACACACACACACACACACACACAGUGGUCAAACUAAAAAAAACACACUCAUCCCACUCCACCGCAGGGCUAUUACACUAAGGACCCAUGAAACCAGUACAAUGUCGAUGAUGAUGGUGGUGGAGGAGGAAGAGGAGGAGGAGGAGGAUGAAGAUGGUUGAUUGACAGACACAGACGCUCAUGCCAUUCGUAGAUGACACUUGAUGAUGCUCUCCACACAUUACCAGGGGCGGGACUUUUGGCUGCUAUUGUGCCCCACCAUUGGUUGGAAAGAAGCAGAACAGCAGGACUGUGAUUGGUUGGAUAAGUGCCGCCCUGGACUUGAACGAGUAUUUAUGGUUUAAAUAGCAGGUGAGGGGGGAUUGUGUGGUCUUAUGAUCAGUGUUGUAUUUGUCUAAAAAAAAAAAAACAGCUGAAGGCGGGAUCAGAAUGCUGUCGCUUCAUUGGUUGCCAUGGGCCAGUAUUGCAACACGAUUGGCCAGAACCUGAGUAUUUCCUAUGUGCUGCUAGUUUUUGAUUGGCUGACAGCAGGGAAGAAGGGGCCGCAAUUGAUCACAAACUGAGAUUCGUGUUCAUCUUACUCCUGUCUACGAUGAAACCAGAUGAAAUGAGUAUUUGUUUUUUUUUCUCUCUCAAAAGUACUUGGCACACAGACACAGACAGGGAAGAUUUCCAGCCAGUAAUGGUCCACAAAAGGCAACUUGUGGAGGGGGGAAAAACUGAAAUAAAAAUGUUAAAAACCUUCAAA